CAGAUUAUGAUGAUGAAAAUGGAGAAUGGUGGUGGUGAUAGGAUCAAAGGAUCGUGGACCCCACAAGAGGAUGCGACGUUGAUGAAGCUAGUGGAACAACAUGGCCCUCGUAACUGGUCUCUGAUAAGCCAAGGAAUUCCUGGUCGGUCGGGGAAGUCGUGUCGUUUAAGGUGGUGUAAUCAGCUGAGUCCCACGGUGCAGCACCGUCCUUUUACGCCUGCGGAGGACGCUAUCAUAUUCCAGGCCCACGCGGUCCACGGUAACAGGUGGGCCACCAUAGCGAGACUCUUGCCUGGGCGAACCGACAACGCCAUCAAGAAUCACUGGAACUCCACUCUACGACGUCGUCGCGGCGGGAAUAAUGGGUCCGAGUUGGAGUCCGCUUCGUCUGAGUCUAACUCGGCGGUGAAGCGCUCGGAUGCUGGCUCGUCAGAGUCGGACUCGGGGCUUAAACGGCAGCGUUUAAUGGGUGGGUCGCCAGAGGAGAAUAGUGAUUUGGUUGUGGAGCCACAGACUUCGCUGACGCUGUCACUACCGGGUGGUGGUGGUGGUGGUGGUGGUGGUGAGAGUGUGAUAACGUUACCUGCGGUUGAUGAGAAAAUGAAAGUGACGGUUGAGGAUGAGGAAGAGAACGAGGAAGAGGAAGAGGAAGAGGAAGAGACGUGUUUGGUGACGAUCAUGCAGAAGAUGAUUGCGGCGGAGGUCAGGAAGUACAUGGAUAGUUUACAGUCCCAGAAUGGACACGGUCCUGAUUGUGGGCCACCGGCCCAAAAGGGUUCAUAGUUAUUGUAAUAAUCUAUUGCUCUCUCUCUCUUUUUGUUUUUUUCUGCUAAGAAUUUUCAGUUUGGCUGGUGUUUGAAUCGGAACCUAGGAAAUGAAAUGAGAACUUCAAAGCGUGAUUUAAGUAAUUUUAAAUGUCUCUUUCAUUCA